GUCGCGGCAGCUCAUGGUCACUAUGACAUGUGCAAUCUGCUGCUAUCCAGCAAGGCAGAUGUGAAUGCCCGCAAGGACUUUCGCUGCUCCUCCCUACACCUCGCGGCACAUGGCGGCCACACGCGCGUGGUAUCUCGUCUCAUAGAGGCUCACGCAAACGUGCUGAUGGAGAAACUUGACGGGAGUCUGCCCAUACAUGAUGCCGCCAAGCAAGGCCACAUUGACGUG